CCACGUCUUCCUGAAGCUUCUCCAGUGCCCAGGUGACACAUUCCAUGAGGAUACUGGCCUCCUGCAUCUGCACAGCGAGGUGUAAAGAGAGGAGAAGCUAUGACCCCCACCCUCAGGGCCCUGCUCUGCCUCGGGCUGAGUGUGGGCCUCAGGACCCCAGUGCAGGCAGGGCCCAUCCCCAAACCCACCAUCUGGGCUGAGCCAGGCCCUGUGAUCCCCUGGGCUAGCCCCGUGACCAUCUGGUGUCAGGGGUCUCCAGAGGCUGAGGAGUACCAUCUGGAUAAAGAGGGAAGCCCACGACCAUGGAAAAUAGAGAAGCAACUUGAGCCCGGGGACAAGGCCAAGUUCUCCAACACAUACAUCACAGAUGUACAUGCAGGGAUAUUUCACUGUUACUAUCGCAGCCCUGCUGGCUGGUCAAAGCACAGUGACUUCCUGGAGCUGGUGGUGACAGGAUCCUACCUCAGACCCAGCCUCUCAGCCCUGCCCAGCGCUGUCGUGCCCUCAGGAGGGAACGUGACCCUCCAGUGUGGCUCAGGGCAGGGAUUUGGCAGGUUCCUUCUGACUAAGGAAGGAGAUCACAGGCUCUCCUGGACCCUGGGCUCAGAACCACAAUCCAGUGGGCGGUCCCAGGCUCUGUUCCGUGUGGGCCCCGUGACCCCCAGCCACAGGUGGACGUUCAGAUGCUAUGGCUGUUACAGGAACAGGUCCCACGUGUGCUCACACCCCAGUGAUGCCCUGGAGCUCCUGGUCCCAGGUAAGUCUGGGAAGCCCUCCCUCCUGAGCCAGCAGGGCCCCAUCGUGGCCUCUGGACAGAGCCUGACCCUCCAGUGUCGCUCUGAUGUCGGCUAUGAC